AUGAUCUCGCUAGAAGAUAGUGUUGGAUUGAGGGUCAAAAUCACCACAUAUACAGAUGAGACCUUCCAGGGUAUAAUCCACUCGUAUAAUCCACAGUCGGGUAUGAUAUCUUUGGUGGAUGACAGCUCAGUGGCCCAUAAUACGGGAUACUCUAAGGAUACAAAUUUUCGAGUUGUGAAGAGCACAUUCGUUAAAUCUGUACAGAAAUUGAGCAGUCAGAAGAUAUCAUUACCAGUGGAAACUUCAAAGACCACAAAUAAAGUGGACAAGUUCCGAUCAAUGCAUAAUAAGCCGGCAGUAAUUCCACUGGCAUCAAUUGCAGAUAGUUUCAAGCAUGGUGUUAGUAAAUCAAUAGCUAAGCAGGAGCUUGAAUUCAACAGAAGGAGGAUCUUUGGCCAAAGAAAGAUUAGCAUAGAGGGCGAAUCUGUGUUCAAUCAAUUGUUCAAUCUUUUACCUGAAGGUAAUGUGACGUUUGACAAGAAUGACAACAUUGCAAUCUUUGGUAAUCACUUGUUGGUGCAGAAAUCAUAUCGUUCCGAGAACUGUCGAAUAUUGAGGGGUACAGGAGAAGAAGAAGAACAACAAUUGUCGUAUAUUAGAAAGGUGAUAAAGGAUAUAUGGAACAAGCUGGAGACGGAGAGAAAAGGUGGUUAA